GUGAAUGGCACGUCGCCUGAACGCAGGCAGCGUGACGUGUCCCGGCUGGCCGGCUGUGCGUUCUCACCGGCUGCCCCGGUCUCCCUCCCUCCCCGCAGCCAUCAAAAGCCCACCGAAUGCUCCUCCUCCCCUGCUCCUACCCCAGACAAGACCAGACCAGGCCAGGCAGCUUUUCCGCUCGCGCACCCACGCAAAUCAUCACCGCCGCCGUCCUCUUCCCAUCCCUUCCUUUCCCUUCCUCGCCGCCCGUGCCGCUCGACGACGCAUGUAACCCGCACGACGCGCCGCCCAUUCCCGGUGACCAGGCGGGCCGAGAUCGGCGUGCCAUGGCCGGGCUUACGGGCCGGGACACCGCCAUUAAGCUCUUCGGCCGCACCAUCCCGGUCCUCGACUCUUCCUCCUCGGCCGCCGCAGCCGCAGCCGCCGCCGCAGUCCCCGAGGUUAGCACCAAGUUAGCAAAUGAUGUGAGAAGUAAUGACAUACUGCGCAUCCCAGACAAGCUUUUGAAUGUCGAAGCAAGUUCCUACUAUUCCAAGAAUAGUAACGAGAAUGGUUUGCAAGCUAUCAGCAGUCAGCAUGGGAAAAUGGAAAGUGAUUCCAAGUCUGAGGAAGUUAAGACCGAGUCUGACGGAUCUGGCCAAGACAAGGUACUCAAGAAACCAGAUAAGAUUCUGCCUUGUCCUCGCUGCAAUAGCAUGGAAACAAAGUUCUGCUACUUCAACAAUUACAGUGUCAACCAGCCAAGGCACUACUGCCGGAACUGCCAGAGGUAUUGGACUGCCGGUGGAACUAUGAGGAAUGUCCCUGUAGGUGCUGGUAGACGCAGAAAUAAGCAUCCAUCUCACCACCGCAGUGCCAAGAUGCCAUAUGAUGCUAUUGUAGCUGCUAAUGGAGAUGUUUCUGAUGUAACCCACCACCAAUCUCUUCCUGUCGAGCCUUCUGUCUUUCCAGGGCCAGUAAAAGAAAAUGAAACAGUUACGGAAUCUGGAUCUGAAGUUCUGCUUUGCAAGUCUACAACUCCAGUCCUUAAUACUAAAGAGCAGAAUAAAAGCGAUCUUGCUUCCUUGGCCUCUGCUGACAACAAGGAAGAAAAAUCAUGUGCAUCUUCUGCAGCAGUAUCUGGUUGCUCCGAGAAUUGGAAGCCAGAAAAUACAGUUAACAAAGAGCCAAACAACGUUUCAGGGUACUUUAAUGGUGUGAAAGAGCCUCAUAACCAUAUUCAGUCUUACCCUGUUGGACCUGCUUUGAUGUUUCCCGUAAGUCCUGGAUGGAACAAUGUUGCUGCCAUGGCAUCCACUCAGUUCUCAACAGAGCCUGUUCGUGGGUUGGAAAACGGGCAGACCAAUCCUCUUCCAUUGCAGCCAGCAAUAAUGCCAGCCCCAGGAGUUUGUGCACCUGUUGGUCCCUUCCCUCUGGUGCCACCUUUCUGGAGCUGCAUUCCUGGCUGGCCUAAUGGAAUGUGGAGUCCACCGUGGCCUGGAAGUAGUGGAGCUACAUUGCCGUCUCCUCCGCACAAUAUUACUUGUUCAGGUAGCAAUUCCCAGACUUUAGGAAAGCACUCGAGAGAAGCAAAAUCGCAGGAAGAAGGAAAGAAAGAAAAGACCUUAUGGGUCCCUAAAACUCUCAGGAUUUUUAACCCAGACGAGGCCGCAAAGAGUUCCAUCUGGGCCUCUCUAGGUAUCAAACCUGAUGAGAAAUGCAUGUUCAAGUCUUCCCAGUCAAAGGUUCCAAAAGAUGGCAAGACACCAGAACCUCCUCAGGCCCUGCAGGCCAAUCCAGCAGCGUUUUCGCGUUCUCAGUCAUUUCAGGAGAGGACCUGAGAAGCUUACUGUUUGGUCGUUUUGAUGUUCCAAUUCGUGACAUCAUACCGCAAAUCAAGUGUUCUCCAAACAAGGAGAAUAUCGAAGAAUGGUCAAUGAUGGCUUGUCUUGAUGUGCUGCUAAAGAGCAGCACCUCGUCAAUCAACUCAAACCUGGCAAUGACUUGCCAGUUUUUCUUCUGACAUUUAGGUUGGUCUAAAGUUCCUGAGUGCUCAAGGAGCACUUAAGUAAAUACAUUAGGCGUGUUAAUUCAUAUCGAUAGACUUUUAGCUGGUACCGGUUAAAGUUUGAAAUGUCGCUGCGUUGAGGUUGUGAAGCGGGCAACCUAGUUCGUGAACCCAAGCCAAGCGAAAAUCAUCAUUAGCUUGUACAUGCUCAUGCUGGAGUUCAAAAUCAUGCUCCAUCUGUUACCAAUCUUCCCUUUCUGCUGCCGCCUGCCAGAGGUGACAAAUAUAGUUAUUUGGAAUAUUUCGGUGUUUUGUUUCUUUUCUAGGAGGAAUGAUAAAAUGAUGUUUUAUGUCUUUUUCUCAAGUUAAUGUAAUGGUUAUUAUGCUAAACUUGUACCAA